GAGGAAGAAAGUGCGCGGGGGGCCAGGCAAUUUAAAGGUCUGCAGCUAGUGAGCAUCACAACACCAUGCAGAACAACGCUGUUUAUAUCAUCAUAGAGGUGCUGAUUGCCCUUAUAUCCAUCCCUGGGAAUAUCCUAGUGAUCUGGGCUGUCAAAGUGAACAAGUCUCUCCGGGAUGCCACCUUCUACUUUAUUGUAUCUCUGGCAGUGGCAGAUGCAGCUGUGGGAACACUUGCAAUUCCUCUGGCCAUCGUCAUCUACAUAGGACCAAAAAUAUGUUUCUACAGCUGCCUGAUAUUGAUAUGUCCUCUCCUCAUCCUCACAGAAAGUUCCAUCUUGGCAUUAUUGGCGAUUGCUGUGGAUCGCUAUCUCCGAGUCAAGAUUCCUAUCCGUUAUAAGAAUGUGAUGACCCCCAAACGUGCAGGGGUUGCUAUUGGAUGCUGUUGGCUGAUCUCCUUCCUUGUGGGCAUGACUCCACUAUUUGGCUGGAACAGACUGAGAGAGAAAAACUACACCUUCAACAACUCUUGCCAAUUUGAGAGAGUCAUCACCAUGGAAUACAUGGUGUAUUUCAAUUUCUUCGGGUGGGUGCUGCCUCCACUGGUCCUUAUGCUCAUCAUCUACAUAGAGGUUUUCAAGAUAAUUCGCAAGCAACUCAACAAAAAGUUUGGCUCCAAUUCAGCAUACCCAGAAAAAUAUUAUGGGAAGGAACUGCAAAUUGCUAAAUCUCUUGCCUUGGUGCUAUUCCUUUUUGCUCUCUGCUGGCUUCCUCUGCACAUUUGCAACUGUAUCAACCUAUUCUCUGUUAAAUCUGAGGCUUUGGGAUACUUCACUUCUAUUGCUAUAUGUAUGACUCAUUGGAACUCAGCCAUGAACCCCAUUGUUUAUGCAUUUAGGAUUAAAAAAUUCAGGACCACAUUCCUGCAAAUCUGGAACCAGUAUUUUUAUUGCAAAAGGGACAAGAAUGCAAAUAAUAUUGGUAAUACCGACAUUGCUAUUUAGGAGUUAUGGACUGCAGUGAUUGGGGCUGCAGCCUUCAAACUGUACAGGAUGAUCUAUAAAUAUGCCUUUCGUUGUUCAAUGUCUCUGAGCAGGCAAAGCGCAGAGGCAACCAAGAGUUAUUAUUUAUUACUUCUACUAGCAAUAUUCAUUGUACCACUUGGUAUUCUGUUCUUAAAUUGACAUAUAUUUAUCUAUUCAAAGGGGAAAUAUACCAACAAAAAGCUGUGACAUAUCUUUCAUUCCAAUAAAGAAGAAAUUAAUCU